GUCGGAGCGGAGCUAAGAGGUCCAGUUGGUCCCAGGGCCCGAGGAAGAUGAACCCCCUAGAGUCGGAGAAGACGGUGGAACUGUUGCUGGGGCAGGAGACGAAGCGGGCGCCUUCCUGCGUUCCGAAGUACUCUAGCACCCCCAGCAUGGAGCGCUGGCGGGGCCGGCUGGCGCUGGUGACGGGUGCCUCCGCCGGCAUCGGCGCGGCCGUGGCCCGGGCCCUGGUGCAACGCGGACUGAAGGUGCUGGGGUGCGCUCGCACCGUGAGCAACAUCGAGACACUGGCUGCUGAGUGUAAGAGUGCUGGCUACCCUGGGACUCUGCUUCCCUACAAAUGUGACCUGUCCAAUGAAGAGGACAUUCUGUCCAUGUUCUCAGCUGUCCGAAAUCAGCACAACGGUGUGGAUAUCUGCAUCAAUAAUGCUGGCCUGGCCCGGCCUGAGCCCCUACUCAGUGGCCACACCAGUGGCUGGAAAGAUAUGCUGAAUGUGAAUGUAUUGGCGGUCAGUAUCUGUACCCGGGAGGCAUACCAGUCCAUGAAGGAGAGGAAUGUGGAUGAUGGACACAUUAUCAACAUCAACAGCAUGUCUGGUCACCAUGUAGUACCGCAGUCUGUGGUACAUUUCUACAGUGCAACCAAGUAUGCCAUUACUGCACUGACCGAGGGACUUCGGCAGGAACUUCGAGAGGCCAACACCCACAUCCGAGCCACAGUGAGGGAACACUUGCCCCAUGGGGGGUUUGAGGCGGGAAUGGGAAGGGGAGGAAUAGUGGAAAUGGAGACUUAUCCCCUGAGCAGGCACCCUCUGCCCCUCCAGUGCAUCUCCCCUGGGGUGGUGGAGACAGGAUUCGCCUUCAAACUUCAUGACCAGGACCCCGUGAAAGCAGCUGAGACCUACGAGCACAUGAAGUGUCUCAAACCUGAGGAUGUAGCUGAAGCCGUCAUCUUUGUCCUCAGCACCCCACCACACGUCCAGAUUGGAGACAUCCAGAUGAGGCCAACGGAACAGGUGACAUAGCAUCUGGUUGGGAGCCGAGCCUGGGGGAUGGACCCUUACUGCCUGGCUCCUAAAUCUGGAUUGUAGGUGUUUAUUUUUGAACCCUGGACUCAACCUCCUCCUUCUACCCCCAGGACUAAAAAAAAAAAAUUUUUUUUGGUAAUCUCAAAUUGUUUCAUAUACAGAUAUGACUUACAGAUGAAAACUGGGUGGUGGGGUUCCUGUCUAUUUUACUUCUUAAUUUGUUACCCAAUAUUCCUUAUUUGGGGUUCAUUGGUCUUUUCCCUCCUACUCUAUCUCCUUUCCUUCUUGGGAAGGAGGCCAAGAUCAGAAGCAGUAUUUACUAUUCUCUCUCUUCACUUUACCUCCUCUCAUGGUCAGGAAUCAGGUCCUCAUUUGUGGCUCUAGACUUCCUUCUUUUCCUUUGUAUCUAUUUCCUUUCUUCCUACUACUCUUUUUCUCCCUUCUAUCUGAUUCUGGGCUCUGGAGGGAUUAUUCCACUCUGGUCACAGUAGCAGGACAUCAGUCUCCCAAAAAGUUUUUCACUUCUAGAAUUAAAAGAAAAAAACAAACAAA